AUGAUUGAAUUGCAAGAGACUAGUCCAAAAGAGGAAAUCGACUUUGGAUAAUCCACCUUGGAAUAUCAGGGUGAAUAUGAUGAUCAAUAUAAACUAACAGCAAUCUAUUAUAGGAUCAACAAGUGCAAAUAGAUCAUUUAUUAUGUUUUGCUAUUUCUAACUCUUGGAUUAUUGUACUUAUUUCAAAGAUGGUUUAUAAAUUUGAGAUUGUUUCUAUUAUUUGAAAAAUGUGAAUUUGGUACAAUGACACAUGUUUUAGUGAUCAAGACCAAGAACAUAAUUCCAAUUGCAGAUGAUCAAUUAUGCGAAGUUACCGUUGUUUAGGAUCAUCCCUUUUCCAAACAUGCACGAGUCUUUAAUUAUGAGCUAAGUGAUUAUUUCAUUGACACUUAUUCAAAAGCAUUAGUCUAGAUGAGGAAUUCAUUCUCUUAGUACACCUAAGAAAGAAUCUGCAAUAUGAAAGGCCUUUCAGAGUUGACUACUAUUUAUGGAUAGAAUAUCAUGGAAAUACCAAUCAAACCAAUUCCACUCCUAUUACUUGAUGAAAUAUUAACACCCUUCAAUAUCUUUCAAUUUAGUGCUCUUGCGUUGUGGGCUUAUGAUGAUUACUUAAAUUAUUCGCUAUUUAUUUUAGCAAUCACUAUCAUUUAAAUCGGAAUUGAAUUGAGAGAUGUGAGAUAAAACUUAUAGAAAAUCCAAAAAAUGAUUAGAUUCAACGUAGAUGUCAAAGUAAUAAGAAAUAACAAUUAAAUUACUAUAGAAUCUAAAGAAUUGAUUCCAGGAGAUUUAUUGAUAAUUGAAGGACAUACUAAAAUCAGUUGCGAUUGUAUUUUGAUUGAAGGCAACUGUGUUAUGAAUGAAGCUGUGUUGACAGGUGAGAGUGUGCCAAUUAAUAAAUCCAGUUUGGAAAAGAAUGAACAAUUGUUUCUAUAAAAAGGGAAUGAAAAUAAGAUGCUAUUUUGUGGUACUACUUGUUUAAGAAGUUAUUCAUAAAAUGGAGAACAUGCUAAAGCAAUUGUAUACUAAACUGGAUUCUAAACAUUAAAAGGCAGUCUGGCUAGAUCAAUCAUGUUUAAUAGAACUCAAACAUUUAGCUUCUACAGAGAUUCAUUAAGAUAUCUCUUUGUAUUGGCCACAUUAGGAUUGAUACAAGCAAAUAUUACAAUCUUAAUUAGUGGGGCUCAAGGAGUUGCUCUUGGGGAAAGCAUAAUAAAUGCUUUAGAAAUAGUAACGAUAAUAGUUCCUGCCACAUUACCAACUGCUUUAGGAGCUGGUAUUAGUCUUGCUUUGAAGCGUUUAGAAGAUAAAUCUAUCCAAUGUGUAAAGCCUGACAAAAUAAAUGUGGCAAGCAAAGUCAAUUUAGUAGCUUUUGAUAAAACAGGAACACUGACUGAAUUAGGACUUGAUGUGUUGGGAUGUAGAGAAAUCAAGGAUUAAGGAUGUUUCCAGAACAGUUUAAUGAGUGUAUGGGUAUUUGUCAUUCAUUAUCAAUAAUAAAUAAUGAGAUUAUGGGAGAUCCAAUUGAUCUAUGUAUGUUUUAAGAGACUGGAUGGGAGUUAGUGGAAGAGAGUAAGGCAAGAAAAGGAGGGAAAGGAAGUAUCAGUGUUGAAACGAUUUGAUUUCUAGGCAGAGUUAUAGAGGAUGUCAGUCAUUACAAAUCAAUGUAUCUUAUAUUGUAAAGGAUCACCUGAGUAGAUAAAGAGCAUCUGUAGGAAUAUUCCUAUUAAUUAUAACAAUAUGUUAUAGAAGUACAGUAGUUAGGGUUUCAGAAUAAUUGCUUGUUGUUAUAGAGAUAGAGAAAUCUAUGAGUAAAGUAUGUCAUUCUUGGGAUUUCUGAUUUUUGAGAACAAAUUAAAAGCAGAAACUCAAUCUACUAUAUUAAGUUUGAAGUACAGCAACAUCAAAUCUAUUAUGGUGACAGGUGAUAAUCCAUAUACUGCAAUUAAUAUUGGUUUGUAAUGCAAUAUUUUGGAUCAGAAUAGCAGAAUCUUUUUGGGAUAGCUCAAUGAGGGAGUAUUAUAUUGGAAUGAGAUUAAUGCAAUUGAAAACAGAUAAAAUUCAAAUUAAGCUCAGAACUUAGAAACCAAUUAGAUUAUGAAACUAAGUUGUCACCUUUAACUAGCAAUUACUGGAUAGGUGUUCGAAUAUUUGUAGUAUUAAUAUGCUGCCUUACUGGAUAAUCAACAAUGGGUCCUAAAUCUAUUAUAAAAAACAUACAUUUACUCAAGAAUGAAACCCAACAACAAAGGUGAUCUUAUGCUUCUCUUGAGAUAGGACAAUUUGAAUUUUAUUGCUUUUUGUGGAGAUGGCACUAAUGAUACUUGUGCUUUGAGAUAAGCAGAUGUUGGUUUAGCUUUAUCUUUAGAAGAUGCCUCUUUAGCAUCUCCGUUUACGAGCACUAUAUUCAAUAUUUCAAAUAUGAUCAAUUUAAUUAAAGAAGGGAGAGCCUGUUUAGUUACUUGUGUGGAAUGCUUCAAAUUUAUGACUUUGUACUCAUGCAUUUAAUCUGCUGCUGUGUUGUAAUGCUAUUUUUAUGAUACAGACUUCACUUAAGUUCAAUAUCUUUAUUAGGAUCUCUGGUUGAUCAUCCCAUUAGCUUUUACAAUGGAUUUAACAAAAUCAUAUAAUAAAUUAGCUAAUUAUCGACCAAUAAGCAAUUUAAUCUCAUUGCCAGUUCUGUCUUCUGUCUGUGUGAUUAUUUUCAUAUCCUUUCUUGCUUAAAUGAUUAUGCAUCAAAUAUUGAAACACUAAGAUUUCUAUCAGUAAAUGGUAAUCGAAUUGGUUAAUGAUGACUAUUAUAUGCAACCUAAUUAUACUAAUUCUAUUUUGCUAAUAACAUCCAGCACUGAGAUUUUGGCUGUAGGUCUAGCAUAUACUUAAGGACCGCCUUUCAGAGAGGCCAUCUCUCAGAAUUUCUAUUAUAUGAUAGUCAUCUGUAUGGGGAUUGCUGGAUAAAUAGUGUUGAUAUUCUUCCCGAAUUUGACUGGAUUUUUAUCUUUGGAAGUGGAAUUUCCAACGGAUUUUAAGAUCCAAAUUCUAGUAGUCAAUAUUGUAGUAGGAAUUACAAUUGUAUUUUACGAGAAAUUGAUCACUGCGAAAAUGACUUAGAAAUACGCAGAAGUAGAAAUUAAUUUAGGAAAUCAAAAUUGA